CUGUUAUAUUUGUGGUGUGCGAGUGCCAAGGUUUUAUGUUUGCGUUCUGUGGCACUGGGAUUAACUCAGUCCACACUCUAAUCCCCAAUCGAGCGAGGAAGCCAGAUAGCGCAGCACCGCAUACAUAGCGUAAACCAAUUUUAACUUAAUCCCUCACCCAUCUCCCAUUCAAAUAAACUGGAAGGCGGAGGCCUUGCGUUAGUCUGGGCGAGCCAUGUAGCCGAACAGCUCGUCUCUCGGCAGCUUCCGUCUUAAGUCUGGUUGCAGGAAACACGGGCAGUUUGCACUGGGACUGGCACUCUGGGCAGAGCGGGGCUCGGGGUUUUCUCGGUACCGCUUUGUUCAUCUUCCCGACUGGAGCUUGGAGUCUCAGCGAGAGAGAACGGCAACCACAUCAGGUUGAGAUGCCUAGCAGUGCAAAGUAUGCUGUGUGCAAGAAAACAUAAGUGGAGCUGUUCACUAUAGAGAAUCCAUGGUCUCCCACUACCAAAAUUCAUUGCAUUACCUUUAUUGAACUUUGGUAUUUAUACUAUGGCUUGCAAAUUGGGAACUUACAGUCUUCCUCAAAGAUUGAAACUUCUGUUAAUUAUUAUUAGUCUUGGCUCUAUUCUUACUUGGAUAGUAGCCCAUAAUAUGCAGGAGUUACUAUGGGAAGUUAAUCCACAACCCCUGGCAGAUAAGUUGCAAAGAUGGAUUGGAGAUCCGAUGGUGUCAAGAGGCCCACACUGUCCACAGCUGGUGUCCCCAUCUCCAACAAGUCAUCCAUUGUGUCCUUUUCUAUCACCAUACCUACGUGGUGCAACAGGGUUAAAAUUUAAUGCCCAACUAACCUUGGAACAGGUCCAGACAAACAACCCAAAUGUACGAGAAGGGCGUUAUAGACCUCAAGAUUGUCACGCUGUUCAACGCGUUGCUAUACUGAUUCCAUAUAGGAACCGGGAAAGACACCUCCUAUACCUACUUGAGCAUUUGCAUCCAUUUCUACAGCGGCAACUUCUGGAUUAUGGGAUUUAUAUCAUUAAUCAGGCUGGUAAAGGCGUGUUUAAUCGAGCCAAACUGUUGAACGUGGGCUUCCUGGAAGCACUGAAGGAACACCAGUGGGACUGUUUCAUUUUCCACGAUGUUGAUCUUGUACCAGAGAAUGAUUUCAAUCUGUACCUCUGUGAUCAUGAACCAAAACACCUUGUUGUAGGCCGAAAUGCUACUGGAUACAGGUUGCGCUACAAAGGGUACUUUGGUGGAGCAACAGCAAUGACCAAGGAGCAGUUCACCAGAGUCAAUGGAUUUUCGAAUAACUAUUGGGGUUGGGGUGGGGAGGACGACGAUCUUCGCAUAAGAGUUCAGCUACAAAAAAUGAAAAUUGUCCGUCCUCCUCUUGAAGUUGCCAGGUACACAAUGACUUUCCACACGAGGGAUCAUGGAAAUGAAGUCAACCCUGAGAGGAUGGCGCUAUUAAAGAAAGUUCCACGUGUCUGGAGCAAAGAUGGUUUGAACUCCUGUGCCUACAAGGUGUUAACAAUAGAACAUAAACCUUUGUACAUUAAUAUCACAGCGGACAUCGGUGAUCCUCAUCACAAUCCUGAAGUUGCUGUCUGAAUGCAGCAUUCCUACUUUCACUAAUGAUUAGCGAUGAUUGGCUGCUUUUCAACUGUCGUACAGAUCCUUUUGAGAUAAGUGAAUAAAUCUUCAGGUUGCACAACCUUAUGACCUUUUGUAUGUUGCCUGGAAAUCAGCAGGAAUGAGUCAUGAGCAAUGGAACUUGAACCAUUUUCCUGUUGGUUGGUAUGAGAUUUAGAUGAAUAGGGCAUAUUGAAGUAGCUGAAACACAAUAUACUUUUUUUAAAAUUUAAUUUGUGUGUUGAGAAUUUCUGGUUUAAAAUCCUGCAACUCCCUAGCCAAGAGCGCGACUGGAGUACCUUUACUCUAUAGACUACAACAGUUCAAGAUAGCUCAACAAUGGUUUCUCAAGGGCAUCUGACAAUGGGAAAUAAUUGCUGGCCUUGCUAGUGCUGCCCAUUCCCCAAGAAGAAUAAUAAGGUUUUCAACUGAAGUUUUGGACUUGAUGAGGGCGUAACAUUUUCCUUUUGAAGACAGCAUCAGUGCUUUGCUGCACCGUCAGAAAGGAAGAUUUGUCUUUAUAUAGUGCUUUUCACAACCACUGGAUGACUCAAAGCACUUUACAGCCAAUGAAGUACUUUUUGAAGUGCAGUCACUGUUGUAAUGCAGGAAACACAGCAGCUAAAUUGUGCACAGCAAGCCCCCACAAAAAGCAAUGUGAUUAUGACCUGGUAGUCAGUUUUUAUUUGUGUGUGAUGCUGAUUGAGAGAUAAUUAUUGGCUAGGACACUAAGGAUAGCUCCCCUGCUUUUCUCUGAAAUAGUGCCAUGGGAGCUUUUACCUCCUCCCAAGCUGGCAGAUGUGGGCUCAAUUUAAUGUCUCACUCAAAAGAUGGUACUUCUGACGAUGUAGAGCCCCAUCUACUGCACUGGAGUGUCAUCUUUGGGGGUUUUUUUUGUGUGAGACUUGAAACCAGAACCUUGUGACUUGGAGGCAAAAGUGCUAGCCACUGCUGACACAGUCCAUCAGUAAACUCAAACAUGAUCAUCCAACUACGAAUAAUUGAGGGCACCUACACUAGGCCAGUUGUGAUGUUUUUUUUCUCCCUGGUCUCCAAGUUCUGACUUUACAGGAGUGCUGUGAGCUCUUCUCAUUUUGUAAUUCACCAGACAAUAUUUUGUUGUGCUGGCUUUGUAUUCCAGAAGAGUUUUUUUUAAUAAACCUUUUUUAGGAUUACAAAAAGCACACAAACCCACUGGGAUUAAAAGGGGACCAAAGCUUUGAAUGCAAGUAAUUACUUUCAAACUCAUUUUUGUACCUCCUUUCAUAACUGGUAUAAAUGAUUUACUGUUAUCCUACUCUUCUGGUCAGAUCACUCCCUUUGCUUUCUUAACUGGCUAUCGUGGAUUGUUACCAAUUCUUGCUUGCUGGGAAUAAUGGAUGUAAUCAUGUGAGCUCCCUUUUUUCCUGUAUAAAGUCCUCUCUUAUCAACAUUAAAUUACUAAAGAAGUGUAAGUAGGAUUUCAGAGCCUCCAGUUGAAUGUAAUUUUUAAAUUACUGGAUGUCAAAGAAGUCUCUAUUGUGGAAACAGCAUCACGUCUUCACCUGCCUAGCCGGUCUGGCUGCUGUAGAUUCUCUGCCACUGAAACAUAAUACUGCUUCCACAAUAUAUCCAUGCCGUGUUUGUGCCUGGUCAUAAUUUAUUUUUAUGAUGGAUAGCUUGAACUGCACUCGUAGCUGGUUGACAGAAGAGUGUAGCCAUGGCAUUUGAGUAUCACAGUGGACUCAGAUGAUCCUCCUCAUCAUCCACAAGUUUACUAUCCAAAGACAGUGUGCCUCAACAAUCAAUAACAGCUUACUGGAAUUUAAUUAAAUGAGUUAUAAAGUGAGCUUGUAGAGCUGUCCUUGUAUUUCAGUGAUGAAAGAUCCUACGCCGGUACUACUUUUGUUGUCCAUUGAAAUUGUGAUACUCCUACGUGAUGCGCAGUAAUACAAAGCCCACCAGUAACACAAAUUGUACCCUUCUAGAGGCUGUUUUCUCUGGUUUAUAUUUUGCCGAUACAAUAUUGAAAGUAAAUGCAGUCACCGAUAAUUUCCUUCUGAUUGGCUGCCAUAUGCUCAGCUGAAACCAUGCUUAUACACUAAUUUUCAGAAUUCCAUUGAUCUUCCUCCAAAUUUAUAGCUAUUUGAGAAUUUCUGCAAAUUUUGUCAAUGUCUAUUUACACACAGCUAAAUUAGAGGUAGGAGAGCUGGAAAAGUUUCUUCACUUGCUUCACAAAGACUGACAAAUGUAUUAAUUUGCUAUGUUAUCCUGGCAUAUAUGAGGCUGUUGUAUUCAAGUGAAAAGCCUUUCCUGUAACUCCAGCCCUGUUGCUCAUCAAACAUUGAAUCCAUCCUUAAUAUCUGUUUUACCAAUUAAAAUCUUGAACUGUACCAGUUUCUGUACAGUGUCUGAGCUGACCAUUGCAGGUGCGUUAGGGAACUUGGGAAACCAGGAACUUGAAAGAAGUGAAAUGAUUUGGUCUUUGACCUUUGGAAUCUGGGUUUGAAUUCAGUCUAGGCUAUCGGAUUAACAUCUCCUGUAUCUCUAUAACCCUACAGCACACAAGUGGCACUAAUUGGCGUUCUGACUCAACCCACAUUAGCUGUUGUGGUUGAUGGGGAUAGGGAAUGAAGGACUCACCGAUCGAUGUUGGGCCUAAGAUGAGUUGUCGGGCUGGAGUAUGUCAGGGUCACCAGAUUUUUAAAAGUCAAAACUAGGACACCAUUGACCAGCUCUUGUUAAUAUUGAGUUUCACAUUUAAAGGGAAAUGAGAAUCUGUGUGAUUGUGCCCUACCCCAGUAUCAGCUGUUUCCCCUUGGCCCCCUGACUGAGCAUUUUUACCUGGAGCUGCAGUACCUGCCAAAGUCCUCUGCUGCCAGUGACCUCAUUGUUUCUAUGAGACACUGCCAACACCAUAUGCAGGAGAGGGCCCGGACAGAUCUUGCAUGAGCUCCUGGAUUGCAAGCCCAGCUGUCGGUGCCUCCCUGGGGUCAGCAGUCAAUCAUCCCAGGGUGUUUCUUCCCCCCCAGCCCCUGUUUGUCAUCUUAGUUUACGUUUCAGUUGUAUUAGUAUUUUGUUGAUGCCUUGUUCCCAUUGGCAUAGCCUAACGGUUGUCCAAAAACAGAAAAUCUGAAAACGUUUGAACGAUUUUGAGGGAAGGACACUGGGACUAUCCCAGCCUUAGUGAGUUUUUAGUCGGUUUAUAACUCUUGUUCCUGAUUUGGAUGUUCUUGAUGUUAGCCCUGGAUGCCCGAAAUUAGAUUUCGUUCAUUCUACAGAUCCUUUGUAUUGAUCACAAGGGGGAGCUGAUCAACUUUCACCCUUAAUCCUACAGUGCUCACCUUGGGACACGAUCAGAAAUUCCAUGCUUCCUGAAGUGGGGUGGGGUUCUUUCAGGAAGUAUCAGUUUAUCAUUGGGCUGUCUUUCACCUACGUCUCUAAGUGUGACUGCAUACAGGGAACAUGAGAUUGCUAAAUUUGCCUUCUGAUUUCAUCAUAGAAGUUGACAGCUAUUGCGAUCUUUGAACAUAAUGCAGAUAGCGCAGUAAAACAGCUGUACAAUUUAGGGAACAGAUUAGGAGGCAGGGUAAUGGAAUCUGGCCAAUACUGCUUAACGUUGAACUGAUAUAUACCCAGUACCUGUAAUAAACUGCGCAAAUACAAAGUAAAGAAAGUGAACUAUGCAAGAAGAAAAGAUAUUCCAUUUUAUAGCUAUUACUACAUUUUUUAAUGCUGUGAUGACUGUAAAAUGAAGUUACAUCAGUUUCUCAGUGUUGCACUGUGAUUCCAGAAAUAUAUGGAUAAAUUCUAAAACGUGGGAGUACAAUGAAAUAAAUUGCAGAUUAGUGUACAAUGGCUAAUAUACAUGAUUCAGGUGCUGAGAUGUAGGUAAAUGAAAACUGCAUUGCUGUGUAAAUAAUUUCGAGUAGUUGUGUUGGUUGAAACCUGUUUUGCACUAAAAGAAAGGUAGAAAAUAUACGAAAUAGCUAUUCCCCAAGGACUUCCCUGAGAGCUGAUACCAGCAAGGCAACGGAAGUCAAUAUUUAGAGUGGCAAGCUGCCUGUGGAGGCACAGCAAGCAUCAGUUCAUCCCAAUUAUUCAGAUGAAGCCUGAGAUCUGAUUUUUAUCAAUCCUCGAACCUCUUGGUUCAUUGCAAGUCACCUUUGCAGCACAAAUUACUUUUUACUUAUUUCUAUAACGCGACUACCAUGUUACUGUGGGUGGAGGAAGAGAAAGUACAACACUUGAGCUGGAAGUAGUUGAAUGUGCACUAUUAAUAUUUAUUAUACCUCAAGACUCUACACAAUUUUUCAUUAGCCUAUUCUAGUCUUAAACAUUUUAGAAAACUAAUGUAGAAAUGUUCUUGUAAAUCCAUUUUUCAUGGAAUUAGUUUUGCUGUUGGCUAUAUCUAGCCAUUGUAGGACAGUAAUUUAAUAUAAGGAUACGUAUCAUUGUUACCAAGCUCUGCCUUUAGUGGAGAUUGAGAGCUGCACACAGAGGGGAAGGAGCCCUGAAUUUUAGUAAAAUGUUGGACUAAUGCCAGUGUUAUUAGUGCAGAUGUGUGUGGGUGGGUACCAAUAAGAACAAUGAUGUUAAUGUUCUGUAUGGUGAAAGCUGGCUUUUAGCACGUUGCUCAAUGUCGUGCUGUAAAUAUUUCCAUUAAACACGGAGGCCUUUAAAAGUGAAACCCAUUGACGCGCCUUGCUCAUCUGUGUAAUACUGAACUUUCACCUUUUGUAUUUUCAGCUAAAUACUGUGAAUUCAUUACCUCAUUGUUAAUAGUGCAGCAAAGAAAGCGACUUCAGUUUACCAGCUGUCUGUUUUUCACUCCGCUCAAUUUUCAUAACCAAAUGAGGCAUGGUGCAAAAUGGAAAGCUGAUUCACUGCUGCCUGUUUCCCCUCUGGCAGGAACAGUUAAAAUUGAUCCCAAAGGGAAACAGUGUGGAACCUGACUGAUCUAAUUUAUUUUCAUUAAAAUGUGAUAUUCCCUUCAGAUAAUUACAUUAUAUCCAAACUGAACUCCAAUUUAAUCCAACAUGUACUUGCACCUAGACUCUUAAUCCUUGUCAUGCCAAAUCAUACCUGAGAAAUGCCAUCCAAAAUUUUCACCCUAAGUAAAUGAACUGCUGUCGUAUGCUGUUUUGCGCAGCAUGUAAUGAGGAAAUGGACCAUUUCAAAAAGCAUGGGUAAGCCAAAAGUUGCUUUGUGCAGAGUGAUUUAUUACUUUGGCUCAACAGUUUUUCUCUCACUCUCGAGGUUUUUAACGAAACUUCUUUUCUCGAGCUGCCAAGAUUUCCUCCUUGUCUCGCUCUUGGCCAUGGUGAGCUCAGCAGAACUACAAUUGAAAUCCCAAUUACUCACCUAUUUUAUAGGAGCUAGAAAUUUCCCACCAGCUUUGGAAUCAUGGUUGCUGAAAUCCUGGUGAUAAGAGUUUAACAGCAGGAAUGGGAAUGUGGCCCAAAUUUCUGUAGCUCACGGAGUGCUGCUUAAAAAAUUCUGAAUAAUUAUUUUAAGAUAUUCCCCAGCGAUGGUGUGCUGUUUGACUGUGAACUGCCACUUGCUGGGAAUCAUCUCGCUUUCAUUAUUUCCUAGACUGGUUUUAAAAUGUCGUCUAUGUGCAAAUGAGUUGUGUGGAUUAUCAACGUAGACACUUGCCCUUGAAAAGUAAUUUUAAAGUUAUUGACAACACCAGGGGCACAUUUUAUCCAUCCCUUUAAAUCUCAGCGCUAGGCUUUUAAUAGAUUUGCAACCAUUGAAAUUUACUUUGUUAAUGCAAACUUGUUUUCAUUACACUGCAAGCAUCACCAAACGAACUGAUUUUAUUGAUUGUUGUUUGGCAGUAAACCUUCUAUAAUGUAUUUUAUAUGUGUUCAAUCUUAUAUUUUAAAUUUGGAGAUCAGGUGGGAGUAGGUGAAUCUGGUAGAGUGUUCCAAAAUGAUUAAUUUUAUCUAGACUACUAGAGAUGCUAGAAAAAAAUUAUUGCUUUUUUAAACUGUGAUUGGGUGAUUUAGUCAGCGACAGGGCUGCUGUGGUUAAGAGUUUUUAAGUAGACCAAAAAAAAUUGCAAAAAUGACUGGGGUAUGAAAGUUAGUUCAAUACUGUGCAAGAUAUCUUUCUGCGAAAAGAUCUGAAGUGAAAAACAGAUGGCUGCAAUGUUGCCUAGUUGGUUUUAUUAAAGUCUUCCUUCCACUUGUCUUUCUUUGUAUGUUCCUCUAAGAUGAAGAAAUUAUCCUUUACCUCCGAUUCCUGUCCUGUGCUGUAUAUGGGACCAUUUUCUUAGUGUCUGCAAUUACAUGUUUUUUUUAAAAUUUCUACUUUUUAUAUGUAAAAUAAAGUUCUUCCAUGCAUGACUUUUGUGCCUAUCUAUCCCUUAAUGAUACUCUUAAAGCGGUGUACUGUGUUUCUACAAAAUUGCUUACGUAUUUAUUUUUUAAAAAAGCAUUGUCUGUUCAUGCGAAUAAAAUUUAAGUAUUAAAACA